AUGAGCGUCUUCACAAAAGGUUCCUCCGAACGUGCCGAACGUGAUGCAGCACUGCAGGCUGCGAUCAAAGAACAGGCGGCCAUCAUUUCCGGCACAGGGAAUGUCAUCGAGCUGAAGCCUUCUGAGCGCGCACCGAAGCGGAAACCAAGCUUUUAUCCAGUUGAUGCGCGGGUGCGUCGGCUGCAUACCAGCGCAAAGAAGCGUUCCCAGAAGCAGCGCACGCGGUUGCGCAACUCGAUACAGCCUGGAACGGUUCUUAUCAUGUUGGCUGGGCGGUUUCGAGGGAAACGGGUGGUGUUUCUGCGGCAGUUGGAGCACUCUGGCCUCCUGCUGGUUACGGGACCGUUUGCACUGAACGGCGUACCGCUUCGACGAGUUAAUCAGGUUUAUGUGAUUGCGACGAAAACGCGGGUGGAUAUAAGUGGUAUCGAUACGAGCUCCGUUGACGAUACGUGGUUCACAAAGGGUGCUCGCAAGGCUCGCGAGGAGCGAAAGAAAGCCCGCUUGCGCGGCGCGGACGGUUCCGGUGGCGAAUCGACUGUAAAACAGUGCCUCCCGGAGGAAAAGAAGAACCUACAGAAGCAGAUCGACGGACAGGUGAUGAAAGCUGUUGAAGGAAUUCCUUUGCUCCGCGAAUACCUUUCGAGCCGGUUCACGCUGACCAAGGGCCAAUAUCCGCAUCGCAUGACCUUUUGA